CGGCUGGGCCGGCGCCGCCUGCGCUCUGGCCUGAGGACGGUGUCCCAGCCGCUCCCCCGGGUGCGGCCCUGUCUGAGGGGCUCCCCCGCAUUCCCCGCCGAGAGCCGCGUGCCGGGUCCGCUCUCCCGGGCCCGGCCGGGUGUUCCGGGCCGGCUCCGCCGCCUCUGCCCUGCCCUGCCCUGACCGGCGGGCGGCCGCAGCGCCGAGGUUUGGAAGAACUUUGUCCUCUGACCUUCAGAAACCUGGAGUUUUUAUCAGUGAGCUACCUAAAGGAAUCUAAGGAAAUCAUAGCUGUAGCUUUCUUGCCAUUACUUUUUUGGUGUUUGUACCUCUUUUUCAGUGGUUUUAGAUCAAGAAACACUAUGAGCACAACUCAACGGAAGCGCCGUGGAGGAACAGUUCAUUCUAGGCAAGCUCGAAAAAGAAGCAGGCUCAUGGCUUCAACUGCUGAAAUGGCUUCAGAAGCAGAGCCAAUAGAACUUGAAGAAAGUGCUGGUGAAGAAGUAGUAGAUCUCACAUGUGAAUCUUCUGAUCCUGUAGUUGUUGAUCUAACUCACAAUGAUUCUGUUGUGAUUGUUGAAGAGAACCAGCGACAAAGGAGAAAUCUGAGGCUAAGAAGCCAGCGGCAGUCAGACAGCUGUGUACUGAGCAGUGAUGAUGAAGAUGAAACAAGAGAUAGCGAUGUGUAUGUGGCUGAUAAAGCAUCUCGAGAACUGGGACCGCUGGAGGAGGAAACUGCAAGUUCAAAGCCGUCUGGUACUGUUAGCUGUCCAAUUUGCAUGGAUGUCUACUCAGAGAUUGUACAAAGUGGACGUCUGAUUGUGUCAACAAAAUGUGGCCAUGUCUUCUGCAGUCAGUGCCUCCGUGAUUCUCUUAGGAAUGCCAACUCUUGCCCAACCUGCAGGAAAAAACUCACUCACAGACAGUAUCAUCCCAUUUAUAUAUGAGUACUUUUAUUUCUCAGGACAGACUCAACUGGAUUUUGGGGGAAAUGUUAUAUUUUCAGCUCUCUGAAGAUUUAAAGAGCAGCAGGUUGUGUGCAAAUCCAAAUAAAACUGGUUUUUUUGGAGACCAACUUGAACGUAUCUAGACAGCUUUUUUAUGGUCCAAGUUGCUUCUUGUUAUGUUCCUGGUUAUCAUGCUACAUUGAUGACUGUGUUUAAACUAGACCAGCAACCUAGACCAGGAAGGAAGCAGUUAAUCUAUUUCCUUCUACUUUUUUUAAUCCUUAAAUAAGGGAGUGUGAAUAUUUUGUUCUUUCUUACUCUAUGAAUUAUUCCCACCUUCACAUACAGGUAUGGAAUAGUUUCCUUUCAGAAGACAGAUUAGCAACUUAAAAUUUCAUUACACCUUUUGUUUUUCAUCCUGUAAGAAGCUCAUGGCUCUUGCUUUCUUGCAUAUCAUCUUUGCCCAAGUAGAGUGAGUUCUGUACUGAUGGGUUGCUUUUUCAUAAAUCAGUCUUAAAUUGACAACAAAGAGUAUGCAAUAAUGGAACCUGCUGUUAACCAGUAAUCAAGUAUUUUGAGCAGAAGAUUUGAACGUGCAGAUGAUUUUAUGAACUCCAUGAGAUCCCAAGUACAUAGAAACACAAAGCAGCACGUACAACUUGGAAAUAAUUCCUGAUUGUUUCAAUUGCCAAGAAUUCUUGUAUUCUAAACCCAACACUGAAUUUAUUUUCUAAUGUGAUGAGAUGGUCUCUUGGGUUUACUUGUGCUGUAACACUCUCUCCUAAUAAAUGUCAAGAAUAGAGUCUUCUCUAGGCUUUCUAGUAAUGAACAAGAAGCAAAUUCAUCUGUAUGCUGAAUUUGCUACAGAUCUUCUUACUGUAUCAGCUGUUCCCAGUGUAAAGCUUUAAGUUCAGUGUGUUCACUUGGCUGUUCUUGCUGGUUGUUACCAUGAUACCUGAUUGGAUUGAGCCUGGUGAAUAGGAUUGAAAAUUAAACAACUCUACUGCCAUUACUGAGUGGAGGCUUUAAACUUUUCUCUAACAGGCUGUGAACUCUGCUACCAAACACUUUUUCAUCCCCUUUUGCCCUGAGAGUGGUCCAGUCUUCUUUAAAUGCAGUUUUAAAAAAUAAGUCAGUUGCAUCUCCUAGGAAAGACAAUUUCUCUAGUUGAAAAGGCAGGAAUACACCAGUUUAUGCACUCUUACCCAGUCACCUUUUUCCCCAGGACUGAGCUCUAAAUGUCUGUUUUGAACUUUGAACAGACUAAAAUGUCUGAGCUGAUCCGGAAUCCAGGGUGAGUGAUCUGGAAUCCAGGGUGAGCUGAUACAAACAGCUUCAUGUAGACAAGAUGAUUAAAAUCAGUGGUUUUUGAUCCACAGGUGCGGUAGGUGCAUGUAUGAAAACUUCCAGAAUUAAAGUUGGCCACCUCUUGGCAGUUGGUUGCUUAUAGAAACCACCAUAAGAACCUGUGCUGCCCUGAUGCAGCACAACUGAAGGAUGUGUUUAGUUAAUAUAGGUAUCGCAGGUGUCCUUGGGAUCUGUAGGAAGCCUUUAAUUAAAGAAGCUCUUCUAAAUUAGCUGUCUCAAGCUGCCUUGCAACCCAAAGGAAAGUUGACUUUUUAUUUUUUUUUAAAUUAUGUUUCUGGAUAUAGUAAAAGAGAGUUUUGUUACAUAAAGGCUGCCUCAAGAAAUGCAGUACCUUCCCCACCCUGGUUUGGACUGGCUUUGGUUCAGUGUUAGCAGGAAUAUGCUGUGUCUCUAUUGUGGCAAUAGGGUGAUUCCUUCAAAGUUACACACAGGUAGUUCCUGUGGGCUCCCAUGGGUAAGAUGAGCAUGGGUAAGCAAGGACUAUGGCUGUCUCAGGAUGCUGCGGUGGCAGUGAUGGCUGCAUUUGUGUCCCAAAAAGCAGAGUUGGUGCUUAAAUAUUAAUUGUGUGAAGAGAAGCAGCCCAACAUUAAAACUGUAGAGACCCAUAGAGGUCACAGAAACUACUUUGUCCCAGUAGCUUAACAAAGAAACAGUAAAUUACAGCUGAUUUUCCUGGGGUGGCUGCUGUGUGGAAGGAUUGAUCAGAAGAGGAUUUAAGGGAUUACUACUGAGGAUGAGGGUGAGUCACUUAACCAUGCAUCUUUCACAGUCUACUAGCUGUAGCCUAAAUGAUUUUGCACAACUUCCUCCAUGUAAAUACCACUUUAGUGUCUCAGUAAAUAGAUCUAAUUGAAACUUAGAUAUCAUAAACUAUAACAAAAAGUUUUUAGCUUUUGUGUACCCUGUGAAGUGCCACAAAUUCUGUGCAUCUCAAAACAGAUAUUAUGUCUCAGUACAUGGGAAAAAAUUGGAAAUUCAUUACAUGCUUUUUUCUUCAAGGGAAAAGAAGUCUGAUGUAUUUCAGUUCCAGCAAUAUUUCACAUUGGCAAGAACUCAUAGAAAAUGAAAAAAUCUUUAUAUUAUGUAGAUGUCUGUCUUGUUGUAUAUAGUUGAAUUUUUCCUGUAUUUAAUUGUAUUCAAGUCUUCUGUCUGCCCAUCUAUGUUGAACUCUGCUGGUAGGCAUAGGGUUCUCUUAACACGUGAAAAUAAAACAAUUGGAUUGUUCAAUCACAAGUGCU